GCGUGUUUAAUACACCCGGGACGUGCCGGAGGCUGGACUAGUGAACAGCUCCCAGCUCCCGCGUGCAGGAUUUCAGUGUCACCCCUUCCGACGGGGCGGAAGCCAUUCUGGAAGGACCUUCCGGGGAGCUGCCUCACUUUCCUCUGAGCAUUGCUCCCUGUUUUCUGCUCAGACCCCUUUCUCUUACGUCUGUUUCUCCUCUUCACUGGCUUCCCGAGUCUCCUGGGAUGUGGUCAGAGUUUCAGGGGCUUUGAACAGUGGAGCAGAGUCCUCGUGCCGGUUUGUUGUUCUUCCUCACCACAAGCUCCACCUGUGACCAAAGGUCCCAGAAAGAUAAAACCCUGGUUCUGGACUUGCUUCCGGGGUGUGAGCGAUAUCAACUGAGUCCAGGGGAAGUUUUCCAUGGUUUUAGGGCCCGGGUCACUGGGGAAGCAGGUGCCUACCAUUACCCCCAAAACCCGAGAAGGUCCAUGGCUGGAAGCCCCAGGCUCUGUGCCCUCAGCAGCUCCUCUCCUGCUCGGGCUGCACCCCUGGGCGGCGGCGGGCGGUGUCUCCACCUGCAUCCGCGCCGCAGUGGGCGGUGACUCCUGAGAUGACGGGAAGGAGUUCUUCCGAAUCAUCCGUGUAUUAACCACACAAAUGUUGGUUGAUGGCCCACCACGUGCCAGCCACUUUUGGAGUUGCGACCGUGAACAAGACAGACAUCGGUCCUACUUCUACAGAAAUUUAACCCAGAAAAAUCCCACCAUUUAAAUCAGAAAUGGGAAAGAUUGGGGGAUGAGGGACAGAGAGAAAUUAUGGACAGAAGAAGGGAGAAAAGGGUGGUAUUUUCGGAAGGUAAAAGGCAUAUAUGUUGCUACAUGUGAUCCGUAAAGAGCUGUCCAAUAAGGUGACCACAAUACCCGCUGAACAUAAUCUUUCAUGCUGUGGUUGCACUAGCCCCUGUGUCAGGCCAAGAAACCCAGCCCACGUCAUGAGCAGUCAGGUCUCCUGGCCCACAGUUCAGGCACCCCUGCAAUGUCACAGCGCCUCUGGAUGCCGCCUCUGGAUGCGGGCACCUGGCACUUUGAUAAUGGUGGAUGUGAAACAAAGCCAGUCCUCUGUAAAGGGGACUCACUCUCUGAGAUAUUUCCGCCUGGGCGUUUCAGAACCUGGCCAUGGGAUCCCUGAAUUUCUCUCAGUGGGGUACGUGGACUCGCAUCCCAUCACCACAUACGACAGUGUCUCUCGGCUGAAGGAGCCGCAGGCGCCGUGGAUGGCGGAGCACCUGGCGCCGGAUCACUGGGAGAGGUACACGCAGCUGCUGCGGGGCUGGCAGCAGACGUUCAAGGUGGAACUGGAGCGCCUGCAGAGACACUACAAUCACUCAGGGUUUCACACUUACCAGAGGAUGAUUGGCUGUGAGUUGCUGGAGGAUGGAAGCACCACAGGAUUUUUGCAAUAUGCAUAUGAUGGACAGGAUUUUAUUAUCUUUGAUAAAGACACGCUCUCCUGGACAGCUGUAGAUAAUGUGGCUCACAUCACCAAGAGGGCGUGGGAGGCCAAUUGGCAUGAGUUACAAUAUCAGAAGAAUUGGCUGGAAGAAGAAUGUAUCGCCUGGUUAAAGAGAUUCCUGGAGUAUGGGAAAGACACUCUACAAAGAACAGAGCCCCCACUGGUCAAAGUAAGUCGCAAAGAAACUUUUCCAGGGAUUACAACUCUUGUCUGCAGAGCUUAUGGCUUUUACCCCCCUGAAAUUUCCAUGAUUUGGAUGAAAAAUGGGGAAGAAAUGAUCCAAGAAAUGGAUUAUGGAGGCAUUCUUCCCAGUGGAGAUGGGACCUAUCAGACAUGGGUGUCUGUGGAGCUGGAUUCUGAGAGCAAUGACCUUUACUCCUGUCAUGUGGAGCACUCUGACGUCCAAAUGGUUCUUCAGGUCCCUCAGGGGUCAGAAGCUAUCCUUCUGGUGGUCAAAGCUGUCUCUGGGUCCAUUGUCCUCGCCAUGGUCCUGGCUGGAGUAGGCUGCCUGGCCUGGAGAAGGAGGCCCCAAGAUGUGAGUUGGUCCACACUUUGUGAUCUCAGAAGGAACACCUCUCCCACCAUAUUGGGAACACACACGUGGAUAAUGCUUGCAAGGAGAGUGGUCUGUUUUAUAGGUGAUGCCUGACAUCAACAGAGUAGGACAACUUCUGUCCAG